AUGCUCCUCCCGUCUGCGAUCUCGUGCGACUCGGCGCAGUCGCCGCCUCCCACCCGCUUCCAGUCGGCGCUCUUCGCCUCGCCUCCCGCCAGCCCUCCCCAGCUCUCGACACAAAACGCCAUUGGCAACAUCUUCACCACCUGCCGGAGCCUGCAGGCCCUGCUCGCAAGCCCGCCGCUGUCUCACAGCAUGGCCACCCGCGCAACGACACCCCCGCCCUCGUCGGGCGCACCCGCGCCGCUACCAACACCUCCCAUGUCGCAUGCGCCGUCGCCACCGCCUCUGAAGCUGCGGCUGCGAUCGCGCCGCGUCGAAGCGGCGAAUGCGCCUGCGCAGCAGACCAGCGAACACCCCGUCCUGGCGCGCAAGCGCAUCGUCAAGCGCUCGCACCAGCCUCCGGCGGCGGGGGCGGCGGCGCCCGCCCCACGAGGACCCAACAAGCGGCGCAGGUCGCUUGAAGACGACGGCGCGGAGAGCGACGUCGACGAGGAGAGCACGCCGGCGCACGGUCUGGGCCUCGAGGAGGCGGCCAGGAACACUACCGAAGACGCGCCGCCGCCGGCGAGGCCACAGACGCCGAAGCGCGCGCGUAUCGCGCCCGAGGUGAUACCCCUCGGGCUCGAGCGCGGAGACUUCCACUCGUUACAUCCCGACGGCGUCCCCGACGGCAGCAGUGCGCGAGGGACGGACGUCGAGGUCGAGGCGGACGGGCAGGUCUGGAGCACGGAGGAGGACCGGAUGCUGGUGGAGCUCGUCCUCGAGAAGCUCAAGCUGACCAAGACGGACUGGCAGGACUGCGCGCGGAGCCUGGGCAAGGACAGGCACAGCCUCGGCCGGCGGUGGAAGAGCCUCAUGCUGCAGGGCGACAUUGGGCUCAAGGGGUCCAGGAGUAGUCGCAGGAGCAAGAUCCACGGGACAUGGAGAUGA